UGCAGUUACCUCAGUUGAUACAAUGAAAAUCCUCAUUCUAGUAAUAGUGAUUUUGUGCGAAGAAGCUCUGUGUUUGAAUUGUUUUUCGUGCGAGACGAGUAUCAAAGACAGUGUCUGUCACAUGUCCGAUGGAAAUGAGCCGAAGGUGGUUGACUGCGAUGGAUUAAAGUACACGGGAAUAUUUCCUAACCAAGAAUUUCCCAUCGGUAUUUAUUACAACAUCAAUAUCGAAGAUCAAGAGGAAAACCAUAAUUGUUUAUAUCUAAGCGAUGGUGUAUACAUGUACAGAAACUGCGUCCGCGGUACUUUGGAGACAAUUAAAGGAUAUUGCGACUUGCUCGAGGAGAACGAGAAGUUCAGUUGUAAAGUAUGCGAUGGGGAUAGAUGUAAUAUCACUUCGUCCUUACAUAAUCUGAAAUCGCUGUGGUCCGUAACGCUUUUACUAUCUGCAUUUAUAAAGCUGUUAAAUCAUAGCAUUAGUUUUUAUUAGAUAAGAUAAUCUUCAAAUGAAUUGUUUCUAAAAAUAUCAUAUUAUUUAAAUGUUUUUUUUAGAGAAAUGACAAAAUUAUAAAUUUAAAGAAGACUAAAAUAUUUUUUAUCAAGCAGAAUGCAGUUUGGAAAAUGCUAAAUAAUUGCAUAAUCAUUCCAAUAUCUGUUUAUAAUUAACCAUAACCAUAGUCUUGUAAACUUGUAAAUAAUAUUUAUAUGUAAUGACCUAU